CAUGUUGUCCAUGACACAAUCCUGGGAGUGGAGAAACAGGCAGAAAGUGUAUCUGAGACGUCCAGUACCACUGUGACACUUGGCCUCUUUGACAAGGUAGGCUAACAUUGAUUUGAAAUUAUUUUUUUACAGGAAGUUUAGAACAACAUUCUAUGUCUUAUGUGACCUAUUUCUUCUCAGCUCAGUGUAUUCGCCCCCUUUUUAGGUCUCUUAAAUAAUAUCUCUUUGUGUGUCUGCUCUGGGGACACUGUGAGCCCUUUGUCGAGCUGUCUUUGUCUGAAACACACUGGGAGCUUUCUCUGUCCCAGUUGGGUGUCACUGCUCCCUGUGACUCAGUGUAAGCUGACCAAAUGUGCUGACAUGGCACUUAUUCAUCCCAAGUAAAGCCUCGGCCACAGAAGAUGCCAACAAACACUGGAGCCUAGAUAAAAAAAAAUAAGCGACUUCUCUUUUAGGAGCAGAGCAAGAGCUGUGCUGCAGGAUGUCAGAGUUAAAUGGCCGUGUGAGUGCCUGGAGCAGUAGCCAAGUGGCCCAGUGGCUGCAGGACGAAGGUUUCGGACAGUAUGUGGACUUGUUGUGUUCGCAGCACCGCAUUGAUGGCGUCAGUCUGCUGGCUCUGACUGAAGCCGACCUGCGGGAUCCUCCCCUUAGCCUCACCGUGCUGGGACACAUCAAACGACUGAGUGUAGCCCUCCGCCGCCUCCAGAGGGAGAAUAAAGCUGAGCUGGAGGAGCUAGGUCUGUGGCCUCCAGAUGCUAACUCUGCUGGACUCUCGCUGGGCGCUCCGAGGGCUGAGUGGAGCUGUGAUGGAGCUGAAAGAAGUGGAUGUAAUGGAGGAGAUCAUUUGUGCAAUGGGAUGGAGCUGCGGCUGAGGAACGGUAGCAGUCUUAAGUGUGCGCCUGGGGCAGCGUUAUGUCAAACACACUCCAAUGGGAGGUUUCGACAGCCAAUGGUGGGCAGAUUGGAUCCUGAGGUCUGGAAGACGGUCAUUAGUUCUGUAUAUGUAUUCUUAGUGUGUGGACUGACCUCUUUCGUCAUGGUUAUUGUGCAUGAGCGUGUCCCUGACAUGAGGACUUACCCGCCUCUUCCUGAUAUAUUCCUGGACAGUGUACCCAGAAUCCCUUGGGCGUUUGUGAUGGCUGAAGCUUGUGGUCUUAUCUUGUGUUACAUGUUUUUGUUGAUCCUGCUCCUUCACAAGCACAGGUCAAUUCUCCUCAGACGGCUGUGUUCUCUGAUGGGAACAGUGUUUUUGCUUCGCUGUUGCACCAUGUUUGUCACCUCGCUCUCUGUGCCUGGGCAGCACCUGAAAUGUGCCAGCCUGUCCUAUGGUGAUACUUGGGGAAAGAUCCAGAGAGCCCUGGCCAUAUGGAGUGGGUUUGGGAUGACGCUUACAGGUGUCCAAACCUGUGGAGACUACAUGUUCAGCGGCCACACUGUGGUCAUCACAAUGCUCAACUUCUUUGUGACUGAAUACACACCGAGAAACUGGAAUUUGAUCCAUACCAUCUCCUGGGUGUUGAACCUAUUUGGGAUUUUCUUCAUCCUGGCGGCCCAUGAGCACUACUCCAUCGAUGUCUUCAUAGCCUUCUACAUCACCACACGCCUCUUCCUCUACUACCACACAUUAGCCAACACUCGUGCCUUCCAGCACAGUCGCAGGGCUCGCAUUUGGUUCCCCAUGUUUUCCUUUUUUGAGUGCAAUGUGAAUGGACCUGUUCCUAACCAGUAUCACUGGCCCUUCAGUAAACCAGCCUUCAUGAAAACUCUAAUUGGAUAAAGAGUCUUGAACGAUAAUUGAGCUUUUUUUGUAGCAAUGCCUCAAAAAAAUUUUUUUUUACGUUAGUUAUAUUAUUAUGUUCAUAUUUCUUCUUUUGCAAAUUAAUUGUUGUUUUUCUCAGGUUCAAGUGAACAGCUAUGCAGUUUAAGUUGAGUACUUUAAAAAUCUUUAAAAAGAUGAGACUGUUUACACCACAUCUGUCAGUCUGCUAAAUAGAGCUGGCAGCUAGUUAGCUUAGCAUACAGGAAGCUAAAACACAGACAUGGAGUUGG